AUGUUUCGAUCUAAUCAAUGUGCUUACUAUUUAAAACUUGAGGCUAUGACUGAUAUUGGUUUUCUUCUUGCACUUUUACCAACGACUAUUAUUAGUGAUUUUUUGCAUACAAGUCUAACGGGACAGUCAAAUGUUUGGUGUAAAAUACAAAUGAUGUUUGCUUAUGGUUGUGGUUUAUAUUCCCUAUGUACAAUAAGUUUUCUUGCUUUCGAUCAUUAUCUAUUUACAAAUCAUCGUCUAAACUGGCGACAAACGAGUACAAUCAAAUUAGCUCAUCGUCUUACAUAUGUCAAUUUAGUUCUAGCGUUAAUCCAUGGAUUAAUCUUUCUUAUUUAUGCUGAAAAUGGUAGAUCAGGAUGCACUAUUUAUCAUCCUGUUUUAAUAAUCUACUUUACAUAUUUCUAUUAUCCAGUUUUAAGUGGUGCACUUCCAAUACUUAUUAGCAGUGUAUUUAGUUUAUUAGCUUAUCGGAAUGUUCGUCGAAUUAUUCGAAGACAAUUACCAGUAGUACGUCGUCGACUUGAUCGUCAAAUGACAGCACUUGCCCUGGCGAGAGUUUUGAGUCUUUGUAUAUUUGCUACGCCAUUUCUUGCUUGUAGUCUGUGGCGACUUAAUACAGUAUAUGCCGAUGAUGAUAACGUAUCAUGGGCCGUUCUUGUUACGAUAUCAGUAAUUGCAUAUUCAUUAUUAUAUUUUAAUUAUUCAAUCAAUUUUUUUGUGUUUUUAUUUAUAUCAUCACGUUUUCGUCAUCAAGUGAAAUAUUUUUUUACGAAGAAAUGCUGGUAUUACUUGACAAACUUAUAUCGUUUUAGCUUAACACUUCCAGCGACAAAUCAAGUUGUACCGGAGAUGGGUCAAGAACCUGUAUCGAUACUAGAAUCAGUAUCUUGA